AGGUCGCUUUUAAAUCCUGCCCCAGUGCCCACAGAGAGACCAAUCGGAUGUCUCCCGGUCGCGCUGGAAUAAACGAUUUCCGCUGGAAUAACCGAUAUGCAGGGAUAAAUCCCGCGUGAGAGGUGGGACUCGAAAAAAAUCGACGAAUGAGAACACGGUUGUGAAGAUUUAGCAAAGCAACACGUUCAUGAACAUCUUUGUUGGUCCUUGAACAACAUUCGUGUCAGUAUUAACCCUAUUUUAUAAUCAUUAAAGUGAUUAAAAGUGGCAUUAAAUAACGUUGUGAACCGCGGUUAACCUAACGUAAACAAAGAGGCUAUGACACGAAGCGAAUUAAGUUAUCCAUAGCCAUGGCUUCACCGUUUCUAGAGAAUCCUGUAGAUAUCGGAGCUCAAAUUGUCAGAAGAGCGCUUCGCAGGGAAAGAGUAUUCAGAGAUAGACAAAAUCCACUGGCUUUCCCCGAUGAUUAUUUAUACGAGAGAUAUAGAUUUUCGGCUGAGGGAAUAGUGUACCUUUGUCGGCUUCUUGAGCAGCAUAUUAAAAAUCCAACGCGGCGGAGCCAUGCUAUAAGUGUACCGCAAAUGGUUUGUGUUGCUUUGCGUUUCUUCGCAAGCGGUACAUACUUGUAUGCGGUGGGUGACGCCGAGAAAAUCAGCAAGAUCACUGUCUGCCGCACUAUCCGCAGGGUGGUCGUGGCACUUCAGAGAUAUAUAAACACUUUUAUUGCGUUCCCUGGUCAUUUACCCGCUGAUGCCAUAAAAGAGGGUUUCUAUAAAAUAGCCGGAUUUCCAGAAGUCAUUGGAGCUAUCGGUUGCACACACAUUGCAAUCUCUAGGCCGGCAAAGGAAAUUGAGGCUAACUAUAUGAACAGAAAGUUUACUCACAGCCUCAAUGUUCAGAUGACCUGUGACCAUCAAUAUAUAAUCACAAGCUUGGAUGCCAGAUGGCCUGGAUCAGUCCAUGACUCUCAAAUUUUCAGCAACUCAGUGUUGUACCACCGCUUUCAGGAUGGGCUGUAUGAUGGCAUAUUGGUGGGAGACGGAGAAUAUGCUUGUCAAAGCUGUUUGAUGGCUCCCUAUCAAAACCCAGAAACACAACCACAGCAUGACUUUAACGUGGCUCUCAGGCAAACAAGCCUUGUGAUUAAAAGGACUUUUAGCAUUUUAAAGGCACGCUUUAGUUGUCUUCAUGACCUAAGGGUAUCACCAGAACGGGCAUCGCAGAUAGUAGGUGCAUGUGCUGUCCUCCACAACAUAGCCACUAUAAGAAAGGAGCAAGUGCCACAGGAAUACCAUGAACCUGCUGAUGAUGUGGUUGACCCCAUAAGCCGGGAACAUCCAGCUGGCAGAGCUGUGCGAGAUGACAUUACUGCCCAGUAUUUCAGUUAAAACUGUAUAAAAGCACAUUGGAACACCAUAUAUGAAUCUAGAUAAAUGUACUUUAACGUAGCUGUUAAAUAGGUUUGACAGAGUAAUAUAUAUUCCACUGUAUUGGCAUUAUUUUUAGGGUGGUUGCCCAUAACAACUGUCUAUAUAUUAAAUUAAGUACCCAUUUGAAAAACAAACUCAAGAAAUGACAUUUUGAGUAUAUGUUUCUAGGAAUGUAUACAUUUUUUUUAACAAACCCUGGUGUGUGUGGUUCUAUGUUUUGUUUGAUUUUUUGCAAUGAAAAAUAAAGCACAAAAAAGACUGA